CCAAAUCAGACCACGUUCACCCCUACCUGUAACGGCUGUAACCCUAUCUUUGCUCUUGCAGAAGUCUUGCUCAAUUUAGGGUUUUAGAAAACCCUCUGAAAUCAAAGGUACCCAGAAUUUCUCAUUUAUGGAUUAUGAGAAGAAGAAUCUCGAAGAUACAGUAGCACCCUCUUCCGUUUUGACUUAUCUUGAUCCACUUUACUGGAACGAUAGAUUUGCUAAGGAAGAACAUUAUGAAUGGCUCAAAGAUUAUUCCCAUUUUCGUCACCUAAUUUUGGAGAAUAUUCAACCUAAUUCCUCUGUUUUGGAAUUGGGUUGUGGAAAUUCCCAAUUAAGUGAUGAAAUGUAUAAAAAUGGGAUUAAGAACAUCACUUGCACUGAUUUAUCCCCAAUUGCUGUUGAGAAAGUGCAGAAAAGGUUGUUGUUGAAGGAAUUCAAAGAGAUAAAGGCCAUGGUUGCGGACAUGCUAGACUUGCCAUUCGCAGAUGAUUCUUUUGAUGUGGUUAUUGAGAAAGGAACAAUGUGGUGAUCCAUGGAACCCAAAAGCUGAAACCGUUAGCAAGGUCAUGGCAAUGCUUCAAGGCAUCCAUCGGGUCUUGAAGCCAAAUGGUAUCUACAUAUCAAUUUCUUUCGGGCAG